UAGUGGAAGUACGUCCUCUUUGCGCUCUCUCCGGCCAUGACUGGAAGUGGUUUAUAAGCGAGACUUUUUUUCACAGUUAUUAAUUCUUUUUACAUUCUUCUAUUGGCCCUCUUGGGCCAUGACUAAAAGUGGCACCUAAGAGACAUUUUCUUUCGUCUGGUUUUUAUUUAUUCUGACUGAAAACAUGAUUUGACGAGUGAACGAAUUGGGAAUUUUUUUUUAGACAUACGUUAAUAUUUUUGGUGCCAAAUCAGUGUGUUAAAAGGAAACUUGCAGUCAUGUAUUUCAACAGAAGAAAUAUGUAUUAUCAGAGUUACCCUUAUUUCUCGCCAUUUGGGUUUCUCCAGCAACAGGAGCGGUCGUAUGCCCAAGCCGCUUUGGCCGCCCAAGCAAAGCAGGAAGGCAAUAACGACGGCGUGUCCUUCGUGAGGGCGUCUGCGGGCACGACCUCGACGCCGGGAGACUUCACGCCCUAUGGAUACGUGUCGCGCCCGGGCUCCACGCCGCUCAGCUACAGUCUAUGGGGUUCGAACGCCUCCACCACGAGUUCGGAAGAGUCGUAUCGGAGGCAGUUUAACCGAACACUUUGCCGCGUGGUGUUCGGAUGCGCUGUGUUGCUCGUGAUUCUCGCCGUCUUGGGGAUCGUCGGCAUCGCUGUCUAUCUCGGUGGUGAGUUUCUGAACUACAGUCUAUGGGGUUCGAACGCCUCCACCACGAGUUCGGAAGAGUCGUAUCGGAGGCAGUUUAACCGAACACUUUGCCGCGUGGUGUUCGGAUGCGCUGUGUUGCUCGUGAUUCUCGCCGUCUUGGGGAUCGUCGGCAUCGCUGUCUAUCUCGGAGUAUUAACAAAUGAUGAGGAAGGAUCGGAAUACGAAGUGCGGUAUAAAGGUCAACUCAAGGUCACCGCCGGAGACACGUGGAUCCCCGACCUGGCGCGGUCCGCGUCGCCCGCCUUCAGAGCCAAGGCGCUGAAGUACGAGAAGAUGCUGGAGUCCGUCUACGAGAACAGCUUCCUGAAGGGCUCGCUGAGGAACGCCAAGGUCCUGCGCAUCCUGAGGAACCCCGAGAACAACCGCGGACUCAACCUGCACUUCAAGCUCGCCCUCGACCGCCGGAAGAUGCCCAGCCACGUUGAUAACACAGAGCUGGCAGUCAAGGACGUUCUGCUGCAAGAACUGAUGAGCCUAGAACCUGUUGCAUUCCAGAAAGUUGCGGUCGAUAUCGAUUCGUUUAGAAUUGCAAGAGAGAGUAACGUCACCCGGUCGGAAUCAGCAGCCUCUUCGGCGCAAAAGGAGGAGGAGGAAGUGCAGGUGAUUAAGGUCGAAGGAACGCAGGAGUCUCCCGGAGGAUCUAUCGUGAUCAAGAAGCCCUCUGGCGGCGCGGAUCGCUCGCAGCAGGAUGACGCACGCGAGGAGAGUAGCACCGUGGCCAACCUGAUCUACCAGUUCGGCGCGUGGCGGCCCGUCAACCCCUACAACUUCCAGCCGUCCUCGCCCGACCCCUCGGCUGUCACUCCGGCGAAUCCGCCCGUGCGCCCCGCCACCGCCCCCGUCCGCCCAUUCUACAACCCCAACCAGAGGCCAGCACGCCCCUCGAGGCCACAGCAAAAGAACGGCGCCGUCACUCCUCCACAUCGCACGACCAAGAGGACAACGACCAGCAGUACCACGACUACUGCUUCUACUACUACAACUACGACUCCUCCUCCUCCGCCUCCAACUACGACCACCACAACUACAACCACACCAACUACAACAACCACCACGACGACAACAACUACAACGACUCCUCGACCCACGACGACUGCAAGCGCGAGUACGUUGCAGUUCAACAAUCGGUUCGGAAUUCCCUUGGGGGAUCUGGGCUCGAAGGAAAACAAGAUGACGACGAAGAGGAACCCGUCGAGGGAUGACCUCCAGGCGAUUCUGGCUGACCUGAUGUUCUUCACGACUCCUCGACCUCGUCCUCGACCUCGUCCGCGGCCUCAGCCACACCCUCAGGCUCCCCUUCGAGUCCCCGAUGAAAUCACGAUCUUCUCGAGGCCGAACUACAACGCAAGACCCACCUCAACGCAGCCUCCCCCUAACCGAACCCCAAGCUCGGCGGAUCACCUGGUCACAUUCCAGGACAUUUUGGAAGGAAACAGGAGACGUCCUUCGUUCUCAGCCUCGCAUUCCUCGUCAGGCAGCCAGAUGGCCUCGACGGCCUCCCACCAGACGCCAGGAGUGCCCUAUGUCACGUCUUACACCGGGGUGAGAGAACCUCAGCCUCCGAAGCCACCUGCAGAUUUCAGGUUCCCACUGGACAGAUUCCGAUACCCCAGCACCUCGUACGCAGCCACAACCCUGCCUCCCGCCACCGAACCCACUGUCGCUGCAUCGUCUUUCGACAUUUGGGAUUUCCUCACGACCAGGAAGCCUCUGAUUCUGAACACAGAGGUGGUAACGUCAACGAGCAUCGACGUUCAGUACGGCUCAACGUCCUCGGACCAAGGAACAACGCAGUAUGGUCCUGUGUAUAGACCGGCGAGUGAGCUGGCCCCAGUUUACAGACCGACCAUCAACAAUGGACCAAUCUACAGACCUGCUCAAGGGACUACAGACGAGUAUGGCCCGGUGUAUCGGCCAAGCAGCGAGCCAGCACCUUUAAAAGAGUUUUCCGGAGACCAGAAUUACCUAACGGUUCCUGUGAUAUCUGGAACUAACGUCCGCUAUAUCACCGUGAACAAGACCCGCUCGAACUACCCCAACGUCGUUAUCGUUAACCUUCAAACGACUCCUGAGGAAGAAACGACGACGCCCGAGACCUCCUCGCGGGGUGACGGAAGGAGAUUUAAUACGAAAUUCCUGGAGGACAUUUUCCAGACUGUCCUGCGAAACACGAACUACCGCGGCUUAGACGGAGCCACUCACUUUAGUAAUUCUGGUUUCUCAAACAGAAGGGGAAAACCUAUUGACCUCGAUGUACCAGACUCGCCUGCGCCUUUGCUUGAUGAGGAAACCAAUCUCUGGUCUGUCUUAAGGAACCUGAGCCAGGUUUACUUGUCCGACCCCGCUAUCAUCCAGCAGCUGCAAGACUUCGAAAAGGCAGCUUCAGUAAAAGCAAACCGAGCCACAACAGCUACAUCAACACCACAAUCCACAACUCCAGAUCAAACAACAACACCCAACUUGACACCAUUCUUCCAGCAUUUAAGAGGCUCUCAGAAUCCCUUCCUGAAAAAUUCCAAUGUCGUGGCAAGCCAGCAAGCUCCUGCUUACGCUUACAUACCUCUGCAUGACCCAAACACAUCAGAGACUAGCGAGGCUUCCAUUGAUGACGACAAAGACCCUGCUCAUGCACUAAACUACACUCUCCAAUACAUCACACCGCGACCGGCAUCAGGUGUCACGUAUCCCAUGGAUUACACACCACAGCCCAUCCGCUACACCUCUUCGCCUUUCACCACGCUGUUCAUGACCGGCGUUGGAGGCAAGAGCUUGGGCAGCCCGCAGGUGAUCAGUGUGUCGAGCCGUUCCCCCGUCAUACCGUCAGGUAGCUCCUCGAUGACGAACUCUCCGAUCCAUACAUUCGUCCUUAAAGAAGGGCAGAGCAUGGAGGAUCUGUUGCAGGAGAUCUUCGAUACCAUAUCGCUGGAAGAAGAGAACGAGGCUUUUCCCUCCACCGACGCUCCGAGUUCAGACGUCGAAACGACGACCGAGGAUUUCGAAACGACGUACCAGACCACCCGCGAAACGGAGAGCCGAGACAGCGUUUUGGAGUCCAUCAACAGAAUCCUUCAGCAGCACCUCGAGAAUAUGAACAACCAGUCCAAGGACUCCUCCCAAGAGCAAAGUUCCACGGCACCGUCGGCGGCGCCGGAGACCUCUCAGCCGUCCCGAGAGCCGUCCAAGCCGCACGGGGGAAUCGACCCCGUCCGCGACCUCUUCCCCGUCAUGACCCGCCCCAUGAACUUCAUCCGAUUCACUACGCCCGAGCCCCACGAGAUCCUGGACGACGGCGACAACGAGAUCAAGACGACGGUCGUGGGGGACGGCAUGUCCUCCACGGAGGAGGUCAGGACGGAGACCUCGAUCGACGUGUCCUACAGCGUCUACUCGGCCACCACCGAGAUAGCGCUCAUCAGCAACGACACAGUGCAAGCAUGCCAGAGCAAGUCUCAGUUCCGUUGCAAGUCGGGCGAGUGCAUCGCCGAGUCCUCGCGGUGCAACCUGAUCCAGGACUGCCGCGACAGCUCCGACGAGCGGGACUGCUCCUGCGCCGACUUCCUCAAGAGCAAGUUCCUCACUCGGAAGAUCUGUGAUGGCAUCGUCGACUGCUGGGACCACUCGGACGAGUCCACCUGCGGGUUCCUGAUGGUGCGGAAACACGGCGUCUGGGGAAAGCUUUGCCUCGACAACUUCGAGCAAGUGACAUCUCGAGCUUCUGCAACCUGGACGGUGUCAGAUUUAGGCCAGGCCGUGUGCAAAACACUCACUUUCAGCAACUUCAGCCGCGUGGAGCGCUACCCAGACACAACCCUCGUCAAGCGCUCGCGGCCCAACGUCCCCUCCAGGUACCACUCACUCCUCCCGCCUCCUACUUCUGCUGCUCCUUCGCCCGUCUACUACGAAAUCAACUUCUCUGACAAAGGGUUCCUGCCAACGCGCGCCCGCUCCGUGCCCUUGGACACGCCCUCGGCGACGGACCUCACUCUCACCAUGGAUUUCGAGAAGACUACGUGCCCGAGGAAGGACGUGGUGAAGGUCUCUUGCGAAGGACUGCAGUGCGGGAUUAGGCCGCGCGCCGUGCACCAUCGCGCCAGGAUCGUGGGCGGCAGCAACAGCGGGCUCGGAUCUUGGCCCUGGCACGCGGCUCUGUACAAGGAGGGCGAAUACCAGUGCGGCGCCACGCUCAUCAACGACCGCUGGCUCGUCUCCGCUGCGCACUGCUUCUAUAGCGCCACCACCAACCACUGGGUGGCUCGUCUGGGCGCCCUCAGACGGGGCUCCAAGUUCCCCUCGCCGUACGAGCAGCUGCGACACAUCACGCACAUUUUCAUUCAUCCUGAAUACGUCGAAACGGGCUUCAUCAACGACAUCACUCUACUCAGCGUCAACGAACCGGUCCGCUUCAGCGACUACGUGCGCCCCGUGUGCCUCCCUCCGCCCGGCGCCAAAAUCGAGAACGGCCGCCUGUGCACGCUGGUGGGCUGGGGGCAGCUGUUCGAAGUGGGCAAAGUCUUCCCCGACACCCUGCAAGAGGUCCAAGUGCCGCUGAUCUCGACGUCCGAAUGCCGCAAGAGGACGGUGUUCAUCCCGCUCUACCGCAUCACCGACGACAUGUUCUGCGCGGGAUACGACCGCGGCGGGAGGGACGCGUGCCUCGGCGACUCCGGCGGACCGCUCAUGUGCCAGGAACCCAACGGGUCGUGGCAGCUGGUGGGCGUCACGAGCAACGGGUACGGGUGCGCGCGCCCGCACCGCCCCGGCGUCUACACGAAGGUGGUCAAGUAUCUCGACUGGAUGAAUCAGGUGAUGGAGCUGACGAAGAGCGAACUGGUGGUGCCGGUGCCAGCGCAGUGCGAGGGUCACCGUUGCCCCCUGGGCCAGUGCCUCGCCCCCUCCAACGUGUGCAACGGCGUGGUCGAGUGUUCGGACGGCUCGGACGAAGCCCAGUGCCACUGAGAAAAUUGCGUUAAAUGGUGUCGCUUGCGGUGAAUUCGUUUCGAUGUAUCACGGUUUCGGACGAGGUGUCGAGGAUGUCACGUGUGUCGAGAUCAGAACUUGUUUGAGACUCGUUGAGAGCUUGUUGCACACGCAUUUCGGUCAGUAUGAUGAUGGUGUUCUAAAUAAUUUAUGGCUGGAAAAAGGAGAGGAGAAAUCAUCAUCAUUCAGUAUUAACUAACGGAAAACUGCUUCUUGGACACACGCAAGGUGCCUUUAAGUGAAUAAAAUGAAGUGUAAAAGAAUAAUCUGAGUGAAAAAAUAUCUGAAGAAACACAGAAUGUGGAAACAAAAGAAAUACAAAUCUAAAUGACUUGAAAGGAUUUCGAAAUUUAUGUGAAUUCUCCAAAGUUAUGAACUUACUGUAUCAUGAGUUCGCUUAUUUACGAAAAAUAGUUAUUGUUAUAAAUAUUUGAUUCAUAUGUAGUGUGACUGUGCACUGCAUAUUCAUCAAUUACAACUCCAGCGCUCUCAAAGUUUCACAUUGGAACAGAGAGCAUGGCGAGGAGUGUCAUUUCAAUGGGCAUUAUAAAUUAUAUAAGGACAGCACUUGAUAUACACCAAUUUUCAAAGUUGAACAUAAAAUGUUAUACACAAAAUAUGCACAAUUAGCAUUAGUAGCUGUGUACAGUGUUUAUCUUUGCAAAAAGAUCGAAUUAGGAAUUUGUUAUAGCUUAAAAAAAAAAAAAGUUUGAAUCAGGGAAGCUGAGUCUCUUACGCACUCUUUAACGUACAAUGUCACAGUGCACCCUUUGCAGCACAGGAUCCACGAAACACGCGAUAAACAUACGCAAUUCACCUACAGAACUUAGAUAACAGAUAAAAACUAAACAGAUUAAUAGAGAAAUAAACAAAGAUAGUAGUUAGAAUUACUGUUUUAAUAAAAACAGACACAGGCUCUUAUGAAAUGGAAAAUAAAUGUUCCAGAUAAUAUCAGCAAACCUCACACAUGUGACUUCAUUCUUAACAAGGAUACGUAAGAAAACUUCAAUUAACCAGAUUUUUAACUUUGAAAUAUGAGCAAUGAAUCGUGACUCGGUGUAGAUUGUAGAGCUUCGUUAAUCUUCCUUAAAAGAAGGUUUUAGAAUGUAUAACGAAGGCUGAAGGUGCAAUGCGGUUGUAAGUCUAGAAUAGAUACGAUACUUCCACCUUAUUAAAAACACUUUUGGCUUUACUUUACUUUACUGUAAUUAUUUAUAUCAAUGGGAUCAUCUUGACAGUGUGUGUCUUCGGUGCGACUAAGAUCGUUGUAUGAUAGUGGCAUUAAAUUUGUAAGUGAUAUUAGGUUAGCGACACGGGAGUAUAGGCAUGUUUAUAACUUGAGUGAGUAAUUAUCAAAACGCAUAAGGGUCCAUAUAAUCUGUCUGUCAAUCUCCUUCUCUGUUAUUAGUCUACCUCGUUCUGUCUUUCACUUACACACAAAGGCACAGACACAAUUUCUUCGAAGGGCAGGGUAUACUAAUUUGUUAUGCCUCAUCUGAUCUAAUGCUUUCAAAAUGCACUCAAUUUUGCGUGUCCUUGAUCACGGACAAGAAAGGUUCCGUCAGAUUAGUCCGUCCUUUAUUAUUUUCUUUCAUUGUAUCGUGACUUUUGGAACUCAGCGUGACUGCAUUUUGAUUCGGCAUUUCUUGGGUUUGGUAUUUAUUCAUUCAAUCGUGUGCAUAGAUUAUUUUUAGUUUUUUUUUCACAUUCCUUCAUUAAAGUCAUGUUAUCAUUCAUCCAUUUGUUCAUUCAUAUUAUUCAUACCGGGCAAUUAUUUCAGUGUUUUGCACUUUGUACAUAUACAUAAAUAUAUAUAUUUACAUUUUAUAUCUAGGUCAUGCCCAUGGGUAAAACUAAUGCCAAAGGUUUUUAUGGGCAUCUUCUUUGUGAUAUUGUUGUUAUUUAUUAAAAUGUACGUACGUAUACCUCUAAUAAAAUCGUUUC